UCCGAGCCGCGGGAAUGGGGGCCAUUUCGGUGCUAUAUGUUGCAGUGAACAGCCACAUCUUCUUUUACAACCACACUCAUCCCUGUAGCAAGCGGCGAAUCAUAUCCUCACCUCACGAUAAUGGCGUCCUUGUUAACCGCUGUCGGCCUCACUCAAGCCCCUUUGUCGGCGCCCAUCCCUAAUUAUGGCCCGGGCUUCCUCAUCUUCCACUUCGCGUUCGCCUAUGGCAUCCUUUCCUCGCGUCCCCUCAAACAGUACUACGGCAUCGACCACCAAGAAUCUCCCCGUCAGGACCUGAACAAGUACGGCGAGGCAGCCGUGCGGGACGGCAAAAUUACCCGGAAGCAGCUCGAAAUGCUCCAGCGCAACGAAGCGGCGCAUGCCAACUCCGUCGAGAACUAUACCCUCUUCGUCGCAGGCAUCACCCUUGCCACCUACGCGGGCGUACCACGAACAACAAUCAAUGCGGUGGGCUUCACGUACACUGUGGCGCGGAUUCUCUAUGCGAUCAAUUACAUUACCGCGGAACGGCCACGUACCGCUGCGUGGCGAGGCCUCUUCUGGUGGGUUGGCAAUCUGAGUUGUCUGACACUGCUGUGGAAGGCUGGGCAGGCUCUCAGUGAGUAGGUGGCUUCGCGCCUGGAAAACCGGCCAUUGCUUCUGUCUUCAUAAUAGAUGAUGACUUCAACUUAACCUUAUAAACCUGUUAAUAAUAGCUGAUUACUAUAAUAAAACAAUGUAUCUUAGAUCUCAGCAUCCAACAAAGUAAAGAUAUGAUUAAUCAUAUAUUGAACAUAACCAGCACAUUCUAGCGCGAAUAAAAAUUCGGGAUUCAAUAAUUGAUGUUAUACUGAA